CCACAUCUGCAUCGUACACGACAGUCAGGACUAACGUGCGCACUGACGUCUCUCCGGAGCGCUAAACGUUCAUGGGAAAAAGCGAAAUUUCUCUUCCAAAGCAGUGAAGUAACACGGUUGGAACCUUGCUGCACAAAUGAAGGGGAAAGAUUUUGACAAUAUGCAUUGCCUCCGCGACUCCAGCGAGUGCCUGAGAGAGCAGAUGCAGUACAUGAUGCGCUCCCUCCAGGACCUCAAAAACCUGCGGAGAACCUGCAUUGACACCCCGCGGCGCCCUCUCUCCCAAAUCACCAACCUCCAGUUACCAGCUCUGGCUCGCCACUCCGCACUGGCCCGAGCGUGUCAACAAAGAGCCAUACAGCGAGAACAGCGCGCCCAGUUCCGUAUGUCCGACGCCAGCUCCAGCACGUACGACUCCGCGUGCUGCUUGGCUAGUGCGCUGGAAGAAGAAGACGAGGUUGAAGACGCAAGCAGGCUCAGGUUAAGCUUGGAUCUGAGCACGCCCAGUAGCGAUCGCAGUUUGGACUUGGAUUCCGGUUAUUCGGAAUCGUCUUGGCAAGAGGACACCGUCGUGCUUAGACGAACCAGAAACGUACGUGUGUCUUCUUCCGCUUGCCUGCGCACCAACAGAGCACCUAGUGGUCGGAUAAGGCCAAAAUCAGCUUCCGAUUGCUUGGAAAGUUGGUUUGGUCUCACCGAAGACUGGACGAACUCUUUACUCACGCGGGGGCGCAACAGGCAGCCGCUAGUCUUGGGGGAUAACAGUUUCGCGGACUUGAUUGAAAACUGGAUGGAAUUGCCGGAGUGCCCAGAAUCUGCAGAGGCCAAGCAGGCUCCGAGAAGGACUGGCAAAGGGUUUUUCGUCAACAUGAAGAGGAAGUUGGCGGGGUUUUCAAAAAGCGUGGAGGAUAGGGUGAAAAUAAGGCCACAUGAUGAAGGAGCAAAAGCCAACAGAGCGGCCAAUGCCAACAAACGCAUGUCGUGUCCAGUUGUGCCGAUCCAAAGUAAAACACCUUUUUUCCAUCAGUCUCUGUCAGGCAUUAAUGAACUGGACACUGGUUUCUACCACUUUGCUGGUUUGAUGAAGUCUGGGAAUCGGCAGCCCAUCGUAUGCAAGGACAUUAUUGGCUACGUUUGACUGAAUCUCACUCAAAUAUACUGGACAAUGCAUAGAGUCACUUUAUUUUUUAUACCAUGUUCCUCACACAUCAUAUUUUAUUACUAUUAUGCAGUUAUGCAGUUAUUGUCAAUAAACACUAUUUA